AAGGGCGCUUUUUUCCCUGUGGAGCGUGCUUGUCUCAAGGCGCUUCCUUCGAUCCCAUACCCAAUGCCCAAUGAAUUGACGAACAACUGACAGAUGCCGGACCGGCCCACAUGGCAUGACUUGUCUCCCGCGGGGUAUAACUCCUGCCACAGGGUAAGUACUGCGCGCAUCCCCCGCCAACAAGUAGAACCGAGGUUGGUUAGUGCAUUUGAUAGGAUACAAGAAGGCGAAGGGAGGACACCAAAUGUCUGCCAUUGAAAGCGCCUUCGCCACUGCGAUUCUUGAUCAAGAGACACACGACACGAACCAACUGGGAUCCAGGUCUGGAACCAGUACACCUGGAACGGGAUUAGAGCAAUGCGCGCAGCAAGAUACUACGGAAAAGAGGAUAUUCGGAUUGAGGAUGUGGAGCAGCAGGAGUGUGGAGCGGGGCAAGUCAGAAUUGCCCCGGCCUACGUAGGCAUCUGCGGUUCAGAUCUCCACGAGUAUCUCGGUGGACCUACAUUUGCGCCAACGGAGCCUCACCCAUGCACCAAAGACACGAUUCCCAUCACCCUCGGCCACGAGUUCUCAGGCAUCGUCACCGAAGUGGGGUCACCUGACUCUGCCUUCUCCGUAGGUCAGAACGUUUGUAUCCAACCUAGCAUAUACUGCGGAGCCUGCGAAGCAUGCAAAGCAGGCUGCGAAAACGUCUGUGUCAAUGGCGGCUUUAUCGGACUAUCUGGUGGUGGUGGUGGCCUGAGCGACUCCGUCGUCGUACCCGAAGCUGCAGUGUUGCAUCUACCACCCAACAUUCCUCUCGAUGUAGGCGCAUUGGUUGAGCCCUUGAGCGUAGCCUGGCAUGCCGUAUCCGCAGCACCACUGACUCCAUAUUCAACGGCGUUGAUCCUAGGCGGCGGCCCCAUCGGCCUCGCCAUUGUCCAAUGUCUUGUCGCCAAAGGGGUAGGUAAAAUCAUCGUAAGCGAAAUAUCCGGCACCCGCCAGCGGUUUGCACGAGAAUUCGGGGCCCAUCACGUCUUGUGCCCCAAGACGUACGACGUUGUCAAAAUGAGCAAGGCGCUCAGUAACGGGGGCCCGGAUGUCGUUUUCGACUGCGCGGGCGUGCCAGCUAGUCUCACUACUGCGUGUACAGCUGUGCGGCCCAAAGGCACGAUAGUCAAUGUGGCGAUUUGGGAGACAGAGGUGCCAUUUAAUCCCAACUUGCUGGUUACUCGCGAAGCAAAGUAUACGGCUGUGUUAGGGUAUCGGAGGGAAGAUUUCCAAGCUAUUCUGAAUUUGUUGGCUUCUGGCAAGUUGAAACCGAGUAAGAUGAUUACGAAGAAGAUUCAGUUGGAUGAUGUUGUGGAAAGCGGCAUCAAGGCUCUUAUUCAUGACAAGGAAAACCAGGUCAAAAUUUUGGUCGAGGUUGGGACGAUGGGACGAGUUGAUUCUGCCAUACAUUGAGGGGCUACAUUGCUUAUCAGUAGCUCAAUUGGUCAUUUUACGCUCUUGUUACGAGAUACGACACUAGAUGAUAGGAAGCAACGUCCCAGGAAGCAUCAUCUAGUGUAGUGCUCUUUUCUUCGAAUAUGUAUCGCGCAUUUAAGUCAUGGAUUAUCUCGACAU